GAGAGAGAGAGGAGAGGGGGAGGGAUUCCAAGUAUGAAGGGUGCACGGUGCCUCGCUGUCGUAACCACCACCAUGGUUGGGAGGGGGAGGGGGAGGGGGAAACCGGUCUUCCUGGCUGCCGGCCGGCCGGCCGGCCGUUUCCUCAGAUCCGAUCCCGACCUGACCUGACCUAACCCGCCCGCCCGCCGGCCCAUCCACCCCCGCACCGGCCUGGCCCAAGUCAACCCCCCCGCCCCGCCGGGUCGCGACCGGAUCGCCUCAAACCACGACACCGCCGGCACCGCCGCACCACCACCACCACCGAACCCCCAAACCAGAUCGGGCGACUCCUCCUCCCCCGAUCCCCUCCUCCCUUUGGCCCCCCUCCUCCUCCUCCUCCUCAGAUCCCCGAUUCCGGCGGCGAGGCGGAAGGAUCUGCUGCUGUGAUGGACGACGAAGACGCCUCAUCGCCGUCGCCGUCGCCGUCCUCCUCGCCGCUCCCGGCGGCGGCCGCGCUCCCCGUCGCCGACCCGGUCACGGUCGCGGCCGGGCCGCCGUCGGCGGGGCUCCUCGCGCUGGCGCUGCCGAUCCAGAAGCACGCGGCCUCCCACAACCCCGGCGGCGGGGGCGGGGGUGGGGGGAGGGAGGACGCGUGGAGCGAGGGCGCCACGGGGGCCCUCAUCGAGGCCUGGGGGGAGCGGUUCGUGGCGCUCGGCCGGGGUAGCCUCCGCCACCCGCAGUGGCAGGAGGUCGCCGACGCCGUCUCCUCCCGGGAGGGGUACUCCAAGGCGCCCAAGUCCGACGUGCAGUGCAAGAACCGCAUCGACACGCUCAAGAAGAAGUACAAGAUCGAGAGGGCCAAACCGGUCUCGUCGUGGCAGUUCUUCGGCCGCCUCGACGAGCUCCUCGCCCCCACGUUCAACCAGAAGCCCGGCGGCAAUGGCGGCGCCAACCUGAACGGCCGCAACGCGGUGCCGGCGGCGCUGCGCGGGGGGUUCCCGCAGCGCAGCCGCACGCCGCUGAUGCCAGCCCCGUUGGCGGCCGCAGCCAAGCGAAGGGCGCCGUCCCUGGAGCCGUCGCUGUCGUCCGAUUCGUCCGACGGGUUCCCUCCGGAGCGCGACCCGCCGCUCCCGCCGCCGAACGGUAAGAGGAGCAGGCCAGACGAGGGGCGAGGGGACGGCAGCGGCAGCAGCAGCGGCGAGCGCGCGCAGGGGCUACGGGAGCUCGCGCAGGCCAUACGGCGGUUCGGCGAGGCGUACGAGCGCGUGGAGACGGCGAAGCUGGAGCAAGCCGCCGAGAUGGAGCGCCGGCGCCUCGACUUCGCCAGCGAGCUGGAGUCGCAGCGCGUGCAGUUCUUCCUCAACACGCAGAUGGAGCUCUCGCAGGUGAAAAACCUCUCCUCCUCUCCCGCCAACGCCGUCGCGCCGCCCGGUGCCACCACCACCGGUGGCACCUCUAGAAGGAUGGCAUCGGUUAACGAUGCCGGCGCCAGCGGCAAUUACCACCGCCGGUACCGCGUCAGCGAGAGUGGCCGGCACCGCCAUCCGCCGCCGCGCCCGCACUAUCAGUACCAUGAGAAUAACGUCGCCGCUGCUGCUGCAACAGCAGCCGCCAGCGACGGCGAACAGAGCGAUGAGGAGGACGAGGACGAAGAAGAGGAGAUCCAGUGAUGGCACUCCAAAUUUGUGCUGCCAUUUUGCCUUAAAAGAAAAAAAAAUGCAUUGCAUUGCUGCAUUUUAGUUUAUAUUGGAUGCAAGAAGAAAUGUUGGCUAGGGAGUAGUGUUAAAUUGAUUGUCAAAUUAAGCAUUACUAUAGUAGAUACUAGUUAUGAUAUGUUACCUCCCUGUACCAUUCAUCAGUCACCUUGUUGUUUAUUUAUCUGUAAUGAACAUCCAAUGUGAUCUCAUUUGUGCCAAAAAUGGUGGGAGAUCAUUGCCAAAUUGCAGGGGUGUUUGUUCAUUUUGAAAGAGAUCAUUGCAGGGGUGCUUGUUCAUUUGGGGAGGAUGUGUUGAGCAUCUUUGUACUUGUAGCUUUAUUACUGUACAUCUGAAAUGCUCAUAAGAGUUGAUUCGAGUGAUUCAUGUUAGGGGAAGACAGAUGGUAUCAUACUUUUGCUUUUAUAGAGUGACAUCCAAGACUGUAGUUAAAAUGUUUGCAGGAGUAUGUUGUUUCAGGUGAUGCUGGAGUAUGUUGUUUUUGUGCCUUGAUGCUGGCUAUGUGCAGAAUCCAGAUGAUGUAGACAUGUAGUGGAUGCUAGGCACACGUGUUGUGUAAAUGGGUGCAAUCAAUCGCAAAAGUGCAGGAAAAGAACCUGCUGUUUUUGCAGACUGCAGAUGGUUCUGACAAUGUCGGUUAUUUAUUAUUGGAAGAGAAAACUCCAUGAUUUUAUU